AUGUCAAGGGUGCUCGUAUGCUAUCUAAAAUUAACUACCAUACACGACAUCUCCAGCGCAUGGGCAGGCCUUGGUUCCGCACUCAGUAGUGUCUGGAAACAAACUGGUGUCCCUGCAUCGUUGUGGGCAACCACUGCUGUGACAACCUACCUUUUAUGCAUUUCUGUGCUGCACAUCACCUCUUCCACUCUCCUACAAUUUCAAACAUUCAAUUCUUCUAUGAUGACUAAUGUUUCAACGACACUAGGAUGGGUAGAUAUAUCAGGCCAAGACAACCCCGCGAGCCAGUAUUGGGUCGAGAACUGGGGAGCUAUCACUGCAUCUUUACCGGCUAUCAGUCAAUUUCCUGGGCUUGUCUCUGCAGGGAUAUCCAAUAAUACAGUCUAUGACACCCUGCAAACGAGCUCUGUAGUCGGACAUGCAACGGUGAAUGUAACGACGAUAACCUCGAGUUGCGGACUACUUCCAAAUGUCACAUACUCUCGGAAUGACAGCACAGCAACCGCUCCGUAUGGCAAUGGAAAUGCUGUCCUCAUGGCUGCAUCUCCUCCCUGGGCAGACCAGAUACAAGUACUUCGGUCCACUGGUGCUGUAGCUGGCGGGGGAGAUUUCGCACAGGCCACUGUCUUGCUAAUGGUCUCUACCUUGUUAGAGAUCGAGCCUUCGGUACAAAAAGAGGUUGCGGUGCCGAUGGUUUGGGAAUCUCUAUGUGUGUUUGCCUUUUCGAAUGUAACCACUAUAACAAACCUUUCUGCAGUUGCGAACCAAUCCAUUGAAGUCUAUUUUAUGCAAUGCUCACUUACGACCAACACUACCAAAGGGGUGAUCAACAUGCAAACCAACACUCUAGAGAAUCCCAUGCCCGUCCCGCAGCCAUCCACGCAAUGGGAGGAAAUGCUUCAGUGGACAUCUACCACUUGGUCAGCAGCUGUUGGUCAAAUUUUGACUGAUUCAGGCAGUAGCGGGUAUCAAUUUACAGAUCUGUCUGGAUAUACCAGCGAACCCUCGAUUGUGGAUGAGUUCAGACCUUACCUUCACUGUCGUGCUACUACAGUGCCUUACAUACGGUCUUUUAUUCUAGCUCAAUAUCUCCAAUGGACCACCGACGAACCUCCCAUUUCUAAUUUCACCCUGAGCCCGGAUAAACUAGAAGCUGCUAUUGCACGAACAGUUGCGCAACUCACUUGGAUGGCGGGGCGAAUGGGACUCGCAUCCAAUAUAGGAAUUCAACCUGGAAAGGGGAUGGCCCUUGCCGACGAGCAGGUGAUUACCCUACGCCUGAAUAUCAUCCUUCUUCCUUUGCUGUUUGCGACCUCUGCAUCGGUGAUCAUGCUGGGAUUGGCUCUACACACGACAAGAGAAUUUCAUCCAUCCCGCAACAGUCAUGCUCCCAUCUCAAAUAUAGGCGCACUGCAACUCUUGUGGUUGGGUUAUCAUUCACCAUCUGUUCACGAAGCUUUGCAAAAUGUGGAGCAUCCAACAGAGGCCAACUUACGUCGGGCAGGCAUGAUAAAAAUUUGUUUUGCGAGCACCACAUCUGACGAAGAGCUGUCAAUGAGGAGUUUAAUUGAUGGUCAAGCCGUUGAUCAUGACGACGCGAUCUGA